GUGCAUAACCCCACUCACUCCACACUGUCCGCGUAGGCUUUUAAUUGUCUGGAUACAUUCCCGAACAAAAUCGUCGAAUUGAACAGCUUCGUGAACGAGUACAUGCCGGAAUCUGUGAAGAGCAACAAAUACAACAACGAAACAAUCCCCAUCGAGGGUAAAGUGAAGUGUCAAUCGGCCGCCUCGAAAAAUUGCGAUCUAAAUAGUAUCGCAUCGGACUAUGGCGUCGAUCCCGACACGGUAUUUGCAAAAGGAAUACUAUCGAUCCCGAGGCAUAACUGGUUGCAACGCGCGUCGAAGGCCGGGCCCGCUCGGACAGCUGUUGGCAUUUUUGGUCAGCACAUUGGCCACGUGCACGAAAAAGAUCGUCAUUGCCCCCUCGCAGUACAUCGUGGACAACAUAAUCCCGACGUUUUUCCAAAGGCGAGAAUUGAAGAACGCGCAAUGCGGACCUUCCUCGAACUGGAGCAGCUCCCUUUCCACUUACGUGACCACGUUGAAGAAAGACACGACGGUGAUCGGGAAGCUGAUCGAUAUUAUGAGGCCUGCCGUGGUGAAACUCAUCACCGACACGACCAUCUUGAAACGAUGGCUCCAAGCGAUCGCUUUGGCCACCCCCUCGCCCCCCAUCGAGCUCACCAAUGCGACUCGCAACACCGAGACCAUCGAUUGUUGGGCAUACGAGCUGUUCUUUCAUCUCAAGUACCUUCAAGUGAAUCGCGCGCGGCGGACCACCGACAAAGUAAUCCUUAAAUCCUUCAAACAGGAGGUGAUAGCCGAGGCCGAGUCGAAAUCGAACGACGUGAUCCACGCCAACCUGUGGCACCGUUUGGUACAGCUUCGCGACAAUUACAUCAUUCUGUACGAAACCUUGCAGAACUACGAUAAAAUUCGCGGCAUCGAGUUGGAGAAACAGAAAGAGUAA